AUGAGUACGACACCUGAGAGAGAACGGACAGUGAAUUUGGGUGCAGGCCCAUCCAAGCUUUCUACAGAUGUAGUUCUGGAGGCUUCUAAGGCUUUCAUUGAUUACCAGGGCUUGGGUAUUGGUGUUGCGGAACUUAGCCAUCGAUCCGACACUUUCAAAACUAUUUUGGCAAACGCCGAAAAUGAUUUGCGCAAACUUUUAGACAUCCCAGACAAUUAUGCGGUCCUAUUCAUGCAGGGUGGCGGUACAGAGCAAUUUAGUUCGACCUUACUGAACAUGCUGGCAGCACAUGCUGCCAAGCAUGGAAAUAAUUCGAAUGCAGGCGCGUCUGCCCCACCCGUCGACUAUGUGGUGUCGGGUGCAUGGUCGAAGAAAGCUGUUCAAGAGGCACGUCGGCUGACUUCGCGCGUGAAUGUCGCAAGCGAUAUGAUAUCUAUGAUCGGUGACCCGAAUGCUGAAAUUCCCUCGCCAGACAAAUGGCAAUUGAGUCCUGUUGACGAGUACCCUGCCAUGCUGUACUACUGUGAAAACGAAACGAUACAUGGCUUUGAGUUUCCAGAGCAUUGGAUCCAACGCCUGCCCCAAGCUUAUCGUGAACGAGUCCCGAUUGUCGCAGACUGUUCAUCAAAUAUCCUAAGUCGCCCCAUUGAUGUUCGUGCGCAUGGCGUCAUUUUCUUUGGCGCACAGAAGAACGUCGGUCCUAGCGGUGUGACUAUGGUCAUAGUGCGUCGAGACCUGAUCGUGGAUCCAGAUGCUCUGCAAGCCUCGUACGUUCCACCGAUUCCUGCUACGCUUGUGUACAAGAACAUGGCAGAUAACGGUUCGCUGUACAACACGCCCCCAACCUUCUCGAUUUAUGUGAGUGGUAUUGGAUUCAGAAAGCUCUUGUUAGAUGGCGGCGUGCCCGCUGCCCAGGAACGUGCGAGAAUCAAGAGCGAGCUUGUGUACAAGACACUCGACGUCUUUCCACAUGUAUAUCGGCCAACUGUGGCGCAUCCCGCAUUUCGCAGUAAAAUGAACCUCACGUUCCGUGUGCUUGACCGUGCGAGUGGCGAGCCCUCGCCAGAUGCUGAGAAACGCCUCGUUGCCUUUUGUCGUGAGCAUCAUGUGGUCUCGAUCCAAGGACAUCGUUCUGUCGGUGGAAUCCGAGCGAGUCUUUACAACUCCGUCACAAUCGAGGAAGCAAACAAACUAGCAUCGUUGCUCAAACACUUUGCUGAGGUAAAUUAA